GAAAUAUUUAGGUUUUACUAGGCAGAGGGCAGCUUUUCCCAAAAAGGGCUUAAAAGGGGUUAAACCAGGAAGUCCAUACAUGGUAGUUCCCUUUCUCUCUACUACGCCAACUGCUCUUCUGUCUUUUUUUUUCUUUUAUGGGAAACGAAAGUAAACCACAUGGGUUUUUCUUUGAGAGUACACAGGAACAUUUACUGUACCGCGGAUGAUGUGAGGGUAUAUUUAAUGGGGAUGAGUCUCUGUGCACAAACUGGCUUCACCACACACAGUCAAGCUGAAGGUGACACUAACAGGAUUAUACGAGUCAUUUUAAUACUUUAUGUGGCAAAUGGCACCCAAAGUGGACCACAGCUAUAGGAUUGUUUUCUAUGCAAGGGAUGGUGAUGAACCAUUUGUGCAGAUCAUCAGUGCAACAGACCAAAAGCGCAGACAAAGUUUAUGCAGCUUUGAGGAUGAAGAACCAGAGGAUCUACUACCGGAGAUGAGAGAACCCAGCCAAAUACUACAGGACCAACACCUUGAAAGACUGGCUGCCCACCUGCCCGCCCGAACGCAGGGGUACCCAUGGCGACUAGUGUACAGCACAGCCGUGCAUGGCACCAGCCUCAGAACCCUCUACAGAAACAUGGCCGAGACAGACCGGCCUGUGGUGCUCGCCAUCAAGGACAUGGACAACCAGGUGUUUGGUGCCUUCUCAUCCCAUCCCUUUCGCGUGAGCAGUGGCUGCUACGGAACAGGAGAGACCUUCCUCUACAGCUUCAGUCCAGAGUUUAAGAUGUUCAGCUGGACUGGGGAGAAUUCCUACUUUGUGAAAGGCUUCAUGGACUCACUACAGUUAGGCGGAGGAGGGGGACCCUUUGGUCUCUGGUUGGACGCCAGUCUCUGCCGAGGAUCCAGCUACGCCUGCCACACCUUCCACAACCAGCCUCUGGCCGUGCACCCUGACUUUGCAGUGCAGGAACUGGAGGUCUGGACGUUCGAGUGAGAAGAAGAGAACAAGGCUGGACUGGCCAUCUGACAUAGCGGGCAUUUCCCGCAGCCUUAAAUUGUUUUAUUUUAUUUAUAACAGUUCUGAAAAUAAGAGCCCACAAGGGUGAGUGGCCCACUGGUGAGUCAGUUCUGCACCGCUAAUUAUGAAGGGCCCCUUUAAUCCAAAGGUGCCUGGACCCUAUUUCUCCGCCAGUCCAGCCCUGGAAGAGAACACUCUCAGGUUACAGUUGAAGAAUGUGAAGAGCGAAGAAGAGCCAAGCUUAAAUUAUGACUUUGAGCACUAAAAGUUUUAGCACUGAGCAUUGAUGUCUGUCUACAGCGGUGGUGGGGAACCUUUUGCAUUCGAAGGGCCACUUCAAAUUGCUCCAAGGGCCAUACUAGAGUGGCCAUGUCCGUGACAGCAAAAAGGAGGUAUUAUUUAUGGAUGGAGGGUUUGGGGGUCCUCCCCCAAGAAAAUGUUUGUUUCUUAGAUGCAAUUUAAUGCAUUUUAAUCAAUUAGGUGUCUGGCUUAAUGCUAUGCCUCAUGCCGGACAAGGCACUGAAAAGACGGACAGACCGUCCUAAAGACGGACAGACUGUCCUAAAGACAGACGUCUGGCCACUCUAGGCCAUUCUAUGAACACAAACCAAGAUUUCCCCCAGCACUUUAGGCCUAUAUUGAAGGCAGACACCUUUACAACACACCCCACCGUCUCUAGGUCCCCUGAAUACAGCUUAAUUGUAUCGCAAAUGGAAUUUCUAAGACUCCUUUACAAAACAUCAUAUUUUAUGUGAAGCUGCAUAGUAUUAAAAUUACUGUAUGUAGGGGGAAAUAACGGCUUCAAGGGCUGCAAAUGGCCCUCCAGACAUAGGUUCCCCACCCCUGGUCUACGGACAGUGGAUGGGCAUUGCACACCACACGCCACAGUGUGGAGGUUAGCCAAGAGAUUUGCAGUUUUGUUUACACUCCAAAUUUGUCCUUGCACAACACGUCCAGACACAUUUGCACAAAUCUGAAUUGGGGACAGGGCUGGACUGGUAAUCUGGCAUACAGGGCAUUUUCCCGGUGGGCCGACAGUCCCCAGGGGCCGAUGCUGUUGUUGUUGUUGUGGUUGUUUUCCUGGGCAUUGGCCCACAAUUUAGAGGGGAAGGCCCAUUGGUCUGUUGUUAAUAUAUAGACAGUGGACGCAGCCAGUCAAGAUAUAACAUGAAAGUGUCCUGUGUGUGUGUGCGUGCGUGUUUGGGCCGAUCAAUGCCAAAAAUGCCCGGGCCACUUUUCGGUCCCAGUCCAGUGCUGAAUUGGGGACAUGUUAAGUGGAAAUGCCUACUACUUUUACCCGGUACCACAGCCCAUUAAAGCACUAAACUGAAGUGGUGGCUUAGAAAUGAUGGCCAACUCAGGGGGUUGCGUUGUGUUAUUUUGACAUUCCUCCACACUUCUUUGUAUGUGUUUUUGGAGUAAAUAAAAAGGGAUUUUUUACGAAAUGACUGCAUGUGUCCAUGUAUUUGUGGGAAAGAUUUUGUACAUGAACAUGAAAGUUAUA